AUCCCCAAAAACUCUCUCACACGCUCUCUUUUCUCUUUCUCAGUUUAUUUUGUAGUUUUAGUGAAAAAUGGCUGUAGUGAAUGUGAAUGUGGUGUGCAUUGUCUCUCUUAUCUCAUUAAUGUGGAUGGCUGAAGCUAGAAUCCCUGGGGUUUACAGUGGGGGUGCAUGGCAAAGUGCUCAUGCUACCUUCUAUGGAGGAUCUGAUGCCUCUGGCACUAUGGGUGGGGCAUGUGGAUAUGGGAACCUGUACAGCCAAGGGUAUGGAGUGAACACUGCAGCACUAAGCACAGCACUGUUCAACAAUGGGCUGAGCUGCGGAGCGUGCUUUGAGAUAAAGUGUGCAAAUGACCCAAACUGGUGCCACUCAGGAAGCCCAUCAAUCCUUAUUACAGCCACUAACUUUUGCCCACCAAACUAUGCACUCCCAAACGACAAUGGUGGGUGGUGUAACCCUCCUCGUCCUCACUUUGACCUUGCCAUGCCUAUGUUCCUCAAGAUUGCCGAAUACCGUGCCGGAAUUGUCCCUGUUUCCUUCCGCCGGGUGCCAUGCCGCAAGCACGGAGGGAUCAGAUUCACAAUCAACGGCUUCCGUUACUUCAACCUGGUUUUGAUCUCCAACGUCGCGGGUGCAGGAGAUAUCGUGCGCGUGAGCGUGAAAGGCACAAAGACUGGUUGGAUGAGCAUGAGUCGCAACUGGGGUCAAAACUGGCAGUCAAACGCAGUUUUUGUUGGUCAGUCAUUGUCCUUCAGGGUCACAGGCAGUGACAGACGCACCUCUACUUCAUGGAACAUAGUCCCAGCUAAUUGGCAAUUCGGUCAAACUUUUACCGGCAAGAAUUUUAGGGUCUAAUGAAAAUUUAUAUUUUGAGAAAAAAAAAAAAAAAAAAGUCAACAUUUUAGAAUUCCCGCCAUAACCUAUUUCCAAUUUGACCCUUCUUGGCGCCUGCUUCUAGAUAUUGGUAUUUUUUUGACUUGGGGUAUUGGGUUAUGAGAAAAGUGUUGGACUAAAUUAAAGUAAAAGUGUGAAAUUGAAGAUGGUUUUGGUAGGGGGGGAAAAAGUGAGUCUUUUAAAAAAAAUAUUUUUGACUUUAUUGAUGGGGUUUGUUUUUUUUUUGGUGGGGGCCUGUGGGGUGUGAGUGAGUGAAUGGGGUUGUGCAAUUGUAAUGUAAUUGUGUAUGUUCAAAAAACAAAUGAGAAACUCUGUAGGGGAAAGCUGAAGCGGUUGCACAAGAAUGUAGCCCGCAGCUUAUGAUAUUUAGUAAUUAUAUAGGAUGAUCAUAAUGUUAUUCGAGAAGUGUAUUUGUAGUAGUAAUUUUUACAGAUUUGAAUUGGAAAGUAUUUUGGUUUGCUACAAUG